CCUGAACGAGGCUCUGGGUAGCUGGGGCCAUGGCGAUGACGCUGUUGGAAGACUGGUGCAGGGGCAUGGAUGUGAACUCCCAGAGAGCGCUUCUGGUCUGGGGGAUUCCGGUGAACUGUGAUGAGGCUGAAAUCGAAGAGACCCUCCAGGCUGCCAUGCCCCAGGUGCCCUAUCGGGUGCUUGGGAGAAUGUUCUGGAGGGAAGAAAAUGCGAAGGCAGCCUUGUUAGAGCUCACGGAUGCUGUCGAUUAUGCCACCAUCCCCCGGGAGAUGCCGGGAAAAGGAGGGGUCUGGAAAGUGAUCUUCAAGCCUCCCACGUCAGAUGCGGAAUUCUUAGAAAGAUUGCAUCUCUUCCUGGCAAGAGAGGGGUGGACCGUGCAGGGCGUUGCCCGCGUCCUUGGGUUCGAGAACCCCCGUCCAAACCCGGACGUAGAUAUGCCAGCAGGGAUGCUGAACUAUAUUUUGGAUAAUGUCAUUCAGCCCCUGGUUGAGUCCAUCUGGUACAAGAAACUGACGCUGUUUUCCGGGAGGGACACCCCAGGCCCCGGGGAGGAGCCCUUCGAUCUCUGGCUGGAGCACUCGAAUGAAGUCAUACAGGAGUGGCAGGUGUCCGACAUGGAGAAGAGGCGGCGGCUAGUGGAGAGUCUCAGGGGUCCUGCCGCUGACGUCAUCCGAAUCCUGAAGAAUAACAAUCCUUCCAUAACCACCGCCGAAUGCCUAAAAGCGCUGGAGCAGGUGUUCGGGAGCGUGGAGAGCUCUCGGGAUGCGCAGGUCAGGUUUCUUAACACUUACCAGAACCCAGGAGAAAAGUUAUCUGCUUAUGUCAUCCGUCUGGAGCCCCUGCUGCAGAAGAUGGUGGAGAAGGGGGCUAUAGAUAAGGAUAACGUGAACCAGGCCCGCCUGGAGCAGGUCAUUGCUGGGGCCAACCACAGCGGGGCCAUCAGAAGGCAGCUGUGGUUGACAGGGGCUUCGGAAGGGCCAGCCCCAAACCUCUUCCAGUUGCUGGUGCAAAUCCGAGAGGAGGAGGCCAAAGAUGAAGAGGCAGCGGCUGAGGCUGCACUCCUGCAAUUAGGCCUGAAGGGACGCUUCUGAGUCCCAGAGAAAGGGCUUUCCGUGCAGACCUGCAUCAUCGCUGCCUGUGUCUGCUGUCUUACAGGUGUCUCUUGGUAGGACUUGGCCAUGCUGUUUUCUGAGGAGAGGGACUCCAGUCCCACAGUCACAUUCACAAAA